UUACGUGAUAAGGAGUUGCAAUUUACUAUAUAAGCUGAGCGAUAUUGCAGUUACUCCACAGUUGAAGAGCAACUUUCGAAAAAACAUGAAGUCUUUACUAGCAACUGGGCUUAUCCUAGCUAUCAUAGCCUGUGUGCUCAAUAAUACACAUGCUCAAGAUGAAUCGGAAGUUACAUCAUCAGCAUCUACUGUAGAUUCGUCUUCAGCACCUACUGAAGGUUCAACUUCAGCUCCUCCUGAAGGUGAUGAAGGCAGUUCUAACAGUUCAUCAAGUCCUUCACCUCUAAGGCCACCACCAGGUUCAGAGGAAUGUCAUCAUCCACAUCGUCCCCCUCAUCGCCCACACCAUGGUCAUGGUGGGCCAGGAGGACAAGAAGGACCAGGAGGACCAAGAGGACCGAGAGGACCAAGAGGAGCAGGCGGACCAGGAGGGCCAGGUGAAAAUGGUAGGCCUGGUAGACCUUGUAGACCUUAAGAACCAGAUGCACCAGGUGAACCAGAAUUUCCAGUUUCCCCCUGAAUUGACACCCAAAAGCAGUCAUUAUUCAAAGAGCAAUAAAUAUCACCACU